CGACACGCCUGCGUGCUGCAGUUGUUACAAUGUCUCGGAUACAGUAUUUACACGUUAUUUGCGUAUUAUUCAAUAGAAUAUUUGUUUAAAUUUUCAUUAGUUUAUUUGUUUAGUUACUAUUAGUAAAGAUGCAAGCCUCCCCGAAGCCGAUGAAGGGCCUGGACCCGUACCGCAUGCGGCAGCGGCCGCUCACCGUGGAGGAGAUCGCGGAGAUAGCGGCGCAUCUGCACAUAGCCCACCUGACGGAGCUGCAGCGCCUGCGCGACUUCCAGCGCCGCUUCCAGUGGCCGCAGGACAGCGCCUCGUACGUGCCCAAACCGAGGAAACAGGUCGUUAGACUGAGCAGUCGGCUGGACCACUUGCCGCAGCCACUGGUGACGUGGCGCCCCGUUGUCGUCCCUAGAAACUUACAGGAACUGUUUGAUACAGUGCCGAAGAGUGGGAGCGCGGGGGCGGCGGGCGGUGCGGGGGGCGCGGGGGGUGCGGGCAGCGCGGCGGCGGCGGCGGAGAGCGCGGGCGCGUGGCGCGCGGCGCGCGGCUGGGCGGCGGGCGCGCUGCUGCUGCUCGCAGCGCUCUUUCUCGUGCGCGCCACCGACCGCUUCUUCACCAAGAACUACCUCAGAUGGCGUAGAAGUCGUUCAGAGGAAUGGCCAACACCGAAUGUCUUAGCUACAAGUCAUCGCUCAACAUUCGUCGACAUGGAGUUACCCCCAAACGAGCUAGAGCCAAUCCCUUCUGAGUCCAGCGGAUCGAGCCAAGAGCUGUAUACCAACGACCUACCGCCGCCAUACUCGGAGUGCUCCACUAGCGCCAACAAACACAAGUACGAAGAGCCCCCGCCACCCUAUUCAGCAUGCUACGUGGAAUUCAGUAAUCCAAAAGAUGGCAUCCCCGCGGUACACUUCUUAAACAGCCAGCGAGAGAACAUUUUUCAAGAUCUAGAUGCUGGCACUUCAAGGAAUGACGCAAAUACAAGUAGCGAUGCAAGCGUCAGAAGUGACGUAAGCGAAAAUGACACAACUGUCAGAAAUGAAACUUUAAAUGAUACUGGACAGGCGAGUUCCAGUAACGAACGUGAAAACGGUGAAGUCAAUGUAGGUGGGAAUAGUAGUUCUGAAAAUAUUAGGGCUGGCUCUUCAAAAGUAACGGAGGUGUGCUGAUUUAAAGUCGAGCAAUUGUGAUGUGUAUGAUGUGAAGAUACAAUUCACUUUUGUAUACCAUUGAAAUGUAGGACCAUGUAAUAUAAAUCGAUAAACAAGUCUUUGUUUGAAUGGUAUUCAAUUGUAAAGAUUACAUUAAUAAAUAUACUGUGUGACAGAGAUCGACAUAUAGAAAACGAAUGUUGCAUCUUUGUCUACCAUUAUAAAUUGGCGAAAAGACAAUUCUAGAGAAGAAAUUCUAGAGAAGGAAUAGCAGAAUAUUUCUGACUCGACAUUAAAUAUUCAAUUCAAUCUCCAAUAUGUAUAAGCGGAUUGAUUGAUCAAGUAAAAUGAUUCGAAUCGAAAUAGAAUUCUAGAAAGUUCGAUGAAGGAAAGCAAGAAACUCACGAGAACACAACUGCCGAAAAUUAUGACUAUUCUGCCAUGAUAUUCAUUCAAAAUAAGAAAAUUUGCGAUACAAAAGUUCUUAGUUUGUUAACGUGUUGAUAAGUUUUUCUAUGUAUUUAACUGAAUGUAAGCAAAUCUCUUGAAAAUACAUAUAAAUCACAUCUGUCUACUUUUGAACUCAAAUUCGACGCUAAUGUUAUAUUAUAUCGAAAAUGUGAUAAUCGAGUGAUAAUGAAAUAAUUGGUUAGAGCGGUUACAAUAUGGUUAAUUAUAAUUCAUACUUAUAGGUAGUAUUUUUGCUAUACGAGUAGUGAAAUCGGAUAUUGAGCGAGUGUGUUUAUUGUUACGAGUAAUUAAAUUACAGUCUACGAAUAAAGCAGAUAGUUUUUAUUAAAAAAAACACUGAAUAUUAUUCGUUGCUUUAUUAUACCUAAAAAUCAUUAUAUGAUCUUGACUGCAGUCAUUGUAAGUAAUUACAUAUAAUGAGUCUUACUUGUAAAUGCUUUUGAUUUUUAAACCCCUGACACGAAAAGGGUUAUAAGUUAGACGUCGAUGUCUGUGUGUCUGUGGCAUUGUAGCUCUCAAGCGGAUGGAACAAUUUCGAUGCGAUUUUCUUCAUUUAAAACGUAGUUUCCUUGUGAUAGUUCUUAGCUUAUUUUGGUAAAUAGCGGUCCACUCCAUUAUGUGCUCCACACGUGCCAGUAUAAUCGUUAAAUGAUUAAUGAUAGGUUGGGGAUUUUUUAUUUAAAUGACUAGUUUUUUCAUAAAAACCUUACCCAUGCCACACUCGCAAUAGAUAUUUGAUUUACAUUAAUGUAGUUUUAGAUAUUUACUAGCGACUAUGUAGUCUAGACAUAAUGCACAAAUUUUUUAUGUUACUUUAAAAUUUAUUUCGUAUUUAAGUUGGGAGAUGCUGUUACGUAUUUAUCAACGAGUCGUGAUUAUUGUAUAAGUAUACAUGUAAUGUUGAUUAUUUUUAAGACUCGUCUCUUCUCAUAUAAAUUUACAAAAUUCUCGUGUCACAAUGUUAGUUACCAUACUUCUCCGUAACGGCUGGAUCGAUUCUCAUGAAAUUUUGAGCAUAUCGGGUAGGUCUGAGAAUCGGCCAACAUCUAUUUUUCAUACCCUAAAGGAUAAGAGUACGGAACACUGUUCUUCUGGUCUAUUGUUAAACUUAAAUAAUUUUUUAAUAACAUCCACCACUCGUUGAUAAAUAUUAUUACGUUUAAAUUGUAUUUGGUCGAUCAAAUUACAUUUAAAAUGCACUUAUUUACUUAACGUAAGUUAUUGAGCUUGAUAAACUAAGUUAAUGACAAAUCGUCAAGUUAUCUUGAAUUAAUUAUUAUUUGUGAUUAAGAAUCAUAUUUUCUAGACUUAUCUCGUAUCUUAUACUCCAAAACCAAAGAUAAAUCUAAUAAAUUUAUUUCAAAAUAU